AUGAAGAUUUAAAAAAAGUUCCUAAAUUUAGAUAGAAUAUCCCUAAGACCUAAUUUAAUUCCAAUUUAUUAGAAUUAGUUUUAAAAUCAACUCCUUUAUUUUUUUCAAUAUCUUCUUAAGUAAAAUGAAUUAUAUAAUUUUAUAUUUAAUAUUACCUAUUCUUNUGCUAAGACAGGCCGAUAAAAAGCUAUAUUGGAGGGUCAUCGCAGCGCAAUCUAAUCAGUAUGCUUCUCUCCUGAUGGAACAACUUUAGCAUCUAGUAGUAUAGACAAUUCUAUUCGUUUAUGGGAUUUUAAGACAGGACAGUAAAAAGCUAAAUUGGAUGGCCAUAGUAGUUCAGUCUGGUCUGUAUGCUUUUCUCCUGAUGGAACAACUUUGGCAUCUACUAGUAUAGAUUAAUCUAUACGUUUAUGGGAUGCUAAGACAAGAAAAAAAAAAUAUAAAUUAAUUGAUAACGAUGGUCCUGUCUAUUCAGCAUGCUUCUCCCCUAAUGGAUUAACAUUAGCAUCUGGUAGUUGGGAUAAUUCUGUUUGCUUAUGGGAUGUUGAGACAAGACAAUAAAAGUCAAAGUUAGAAGGUCAUAGUUAUGCAGUCAAUUCAGUAUCCUUCUCUUCUAAUGGAUUAACAUUAGCAUCUGGUAGUGGAGAUAAUUCUAUUUACUUAUGGAAUGUUAAUACAGGACAAUAAUAAUCAAAAUUGGAUGGUCAUAGUGACUUUGUCAAUUAAGUAUGCUUCUCCCCUGAUUGUACUACAUUAGCAUCUGGUAGUGGAGACAAAUCUAUUCAUUUAUGGGAUGUGAUGACAGGACAACUAAAAUGUAAAUUAGAAGGUCAUAGCGGAAGAGUCCUAUCAGUUUGCUUUUCUCCUGAUGGAACUAAAUUAGCAUCAAGUAGUUAUGAUAAGUCCAUCCGUAUAUGGGAUAUAAAGGCAGGAAAAAGUACUUAAUUUUCAGAACGAAGUAUUUAUUUUAAAUAUAUAUAGUGAACACUAAUAUUACUAUUCUUCUUAUAUCAUAAUAAAUUACUUUAUCAGCUUAAGGAGCUUAAAUCUAUAAAGGAGAGUUUAUGAGUUAUUAAGGUGUAGAUUUAAGAACAUUUUUGGAAUAAAGAGGAGGCUAUUUAAUCGAAAGUUUAGAUGAUUUUUCUUCACAUCCUGUGCAAAUUUGA